CGCGCGUCCCCUCAGCAACGGCGGCACCUCCACCCGCCAUGGCGGCGCGGCCCCCGGCCCGUCCCCCGGCCCGUCCCCAGCCCCCUCGCUGUUCUCACACCCAGAGACGCCGGGAAUUCACCGGCUGCGCGCCGUACGAUGUGGCGCUGAUAGCCAAGCCCUCCAAGAGGAACCUCAGGGAAGAGGCGAUUUGGGCGGAGAGAGUGCGGGAGGAGGCGCAGCGCGAGCAGGAGCGUGACCUGCGGGUGUUCCUCCACUACCGCAACGUCCGCGACUGGCACAAGGGCGGCGAGGACAAAUGGAUACACCGCACUGUCGAGAGGAAGGUCCAGGAAACCGUGCAGCAGUACCUGCAGGAGAUCGAUGUGAGAAGGCAGAGGCUUCGUGACUUUCUGGAGGCAGAGGAAAAUAGGCACUUUGCUGAGAUGGAGGCACUUGAUGAAGAAAAGGCACUGGACAGAGAAGUAGAGAUGAAAGAACAAGCAAAAUUACUGAGGGAGAAGAGGGAGCAAGAAAGACUUCGAGUGGUGGCUGAAAAACGAGAUCAACAGUUUAGAAACCGAUGUGAGGAGUAUCGUAUACACUGUAAAAAACUGAGUGAGAAGGAAGUGGGUGACUGCCAGCUGGCCCAGCAGACUCUGAAGGAGAUACUGAGAAAGGAAGAGGAGAUGCAGGAGCGGAAGUUGGAAGAGAUUUGUGAGAAGGAGCAGUUGGCUAAGGAUGAGAGAGCGGAGCUGAAGGCGCAGGAGGUGGCAGCGCAGAUCCAGGAGAUGGUGAACGUGCGUGAAGCCCAGCUGGCCGUGCACGCCGCGCGCAGGGAGGAGAAGAAGCAGGAGAUCAGAAAGGAGGCUGAGCUGCUGGAAGAAGAGCUGCACCAGCUUAGGGAAGAAAAUGAAGAGCUUAAGAGGAAGAGGCGACAUCAGCAAAAGGAACGCAGGGACAUAUUGCUCAAAGCAGUGCAGGACAAGGAGAGGCAUCUUGAUGAAGAAAAAAAAGCUCAACUUGCCAUAGAGAAGAAGAUGUUGGAAAAAGAUUUUCAGGACACAGACAAGGAACAUGAGGAGAUGAUAAAAAAAAAACAAGCGCUGUUGAAGGAGCAACUCAACUACCUGGAUCACCUGGCUGAGCAGCUGAGGAGGGAGAAGGAGCAGGAAAAAGAAGACGAGAAGGUCUUCAAGGAAGAGAGGGAUCAGAUUUGGGCUGACAAGGUUGAGAAAAUGAAACAAGAGAGGGAGGCUCGAUUUCAGCUGCUGAGAGAUUUCAUGUACACAAUUCAGGCGCAGAUAGAGGAGAAGUUGCAGAAAAAAGAGGAGAGGAAAAUAGAGAUUGCUGAAGAGAAGAAGGCAAUGGCGGAAGCAGUUAGAUUAUUCGAACAGGAAGAAGAAUUAAAACGUACAAGAAAAAUGCAGAAGGCCAAAGAAUACAGAGACCAGCUUGCAACUCAAAUUGCCUACCAACAACGUCUCCAAAAAGCUGAGGAAGAGGAGAGGGAGAAAGAGCAUGAAUUAAAUACAGAGAGAGAGUACCAAGAAAGGGUACAGUUCUUUCUGUCAAUGCCCAAAGAGUCCAUAGGAAAGCCCCCCAUGACAAAAAAAGCACUAAUGCAUGACUCUUAAGGGCAUCACUCACUGUGAUAUUUUAGCUCGGUCAGUUGCCUUUAAAAACAUUUUCUUAGGAUGCUUACACUUGACUUGAGUUGGAAGAACUCCUUCCAUUGUGACAUUCAAACCUUUAAUUCAAGAUUACAAGAAACAUAGUAUUUUAAAGCUUAUUUUUGCCCCAUGGAUUUCUUUUUUUUUUACAAAUCUGAUAGAAUCCAAAGUGCUUGACAUUUUAAUUCAAGAAUACUGUCUGCCAUCUACAAUAUAAUACUGUAUUAUUAUGACAUGAAUAAUGCACAUGCAUUCUUUUAAAUCUGCACAAAGAAAACUUGUAGAAAUCUUACAGCAAGUCUUUAUUAAAAUGCCUUUCAAACUGGAAAUGUUUGCAAAAUUAUUUUCUUUGUAUUUAGAUACCAGGUAUAAAACUGAAUGUAUUUUACCAUGGGGUGAACAUUAAAAAGCUGAUAUUCUUUUGCAUAGAUUCUGGUAGCUGUUGAAUGGUCUGUGGAAUACUGUGAGCCCUCUACUUGGGCAGAAUUAAGCAUGCAGGGCUGAAGUUAGAGGUGUCUUGUGGAAAGGUUUAUUCUCUAUAAUUUUCAUGGCACCUCUGCCUCUCUGGGCUUCCUUGGAUCACCACACUGAACACAUGGACUGGGGGGCUGGAGCAGCACCACCACUUUAACACAACAACACAGCAGCUGGCUGGAUGUCCCCAGGAGGGUGUUGGUGGUUUUGGCAGUGGGAGCAGGGACACCUCGUUGUCCUCUCCACUCCCAUGCCAGUGGCCAGCUUGCCCCAAGUGCAGGAGGAGCAGUGGGUGACACAAGGAGCAUGGGUGGGAGUGACCCAGCUGCUCCCCAUGGUGCUGCCCUUGACCAGCUCCUUGUUUCAUAUUUCAUUAGCUUUUCUUCUCUCCUGUUCAGAGGAGAGAAGUGAAGAAUCCAUUCUUGCUCACAGACUUCGUGGCGUUUGGAAAUGUUUUAUGUUCUUUUUUCCAUUUUUCCGUAUGAUUCUUUGCUGCUGCUUGUCUGUAGCUGUUUCUCUCUCUGUCAGCUUUUCAGCUUCUGCCAGUUCCUGCUUUUUCACCCUUUUCUUCCAAAAUUUCCAUAUUUCACUAACCACUUGCUCUGCCAUUUUUAUCCUCCCACCUUCCUUUUCAGCAUGUGGCUCUCUGUGGGCAAACCAGGUUGUGUUUUUGUUAUGAAUGAAUGCACAGAGGAGCUGAUAAAUAGCUGGGAGCAGAGCUCAGGAGCCCCAGAUCCCAGACAUCUUGGAACUCUGAAAAGUUGUGUCCCCUCGGUUUAAAGCAGACACCAGGGUGACAAAUGCUUUUUUGUCCCCUGUGGAGAAAAAGGCCAGGUGGAGAUGUAUCAGUGGUCUUUCAGCAACCCUGCUAAUUCUGGGUGUAAACGGUGGAAGAACCUGGCCCUGCUGAGGGGAAAAGGAGAGCAGUAGGAUUUUAUUGUUGCUUACAGACAAAACUUCCUGAGCCACCUGAUGGGAGAGAGUCAAGCCCACUGGAACUGUUUCCAUCCUGACAGGGAACCAGACAGACCAGAGCAGUGCCUCUCAUGGCUUGUUCCUUGGAUUGCUUGGAUCCAAACAGAUCUGCUGAGGGAGGAAGCUUCCAAGAAGGUGAAGCAUCAGGCAGAGAGAUGUAGGUUGGUAGCCAGGAUGUUGAGCCCUUAAACAGUGCUUUCCAGCAACCAUCUCCAAAAGUACACAGAGGACAUCAGAGCUGCUCCUGUUCUGCAGGUGAGAAAGGCCAUCCCAGAUAGAGGAAAUAAUUUAAUCAGUGCAGAGAGCUGAGGUAGUCAUAGGUCUGUGCUCUCCCCACCGAGUCAAAUUGGCAGAAUGAUUAAGAGAUUAAUUUCCUGGUCUGCCGCAGACUCCUGGAGUAGCCCAUGCAAGCAAUGUAGAUUUUCCUUUACUAUUGUGACCUCUCUUUGAAAAAUGAAGAUAAUAGCACAUUCAGAAUUCCAGGAUUAAUUAAGGCAUGUUAUUAAAGGCUGUGACAUUUGUUGGGUACACCCAAUAUGAGAGAUAAAAAAAACACCACAUUGGUGAGCUUUGUGAAUUCAAGUCAUCCAGAACCAUAAUAAAUCUUCUUUUUUUAAUAAAAUAAUAACUCAGAAGAGGUGGUCAGAGCCAUCAAAUAUUUAUAGAGAGUCUGAGCUCCUGCUCCUGGAGGCAAAUUUCCUCUGCAACGAACAUGAGGUCUGCACAAGAUUAAAAGACUGGACUGGAAGAAGUUUGCCUUCAGCAGGAGAGAAUUCCCAUGGGAUAACGGCAACUAAACUCUUCUGAGGGAAAGCUUUUGGUGGAUGAAGGUGUUGCUGGGGCUGAACCCUUUGCUGCCAGGUGCUGUGUGGGAUUUUCAGGUUGGUCCAGAAGAACUGGUGAGGCUGGGUGGGCCAGAGCCUCCUUGAGAGGCACCUUCUUGCUGCCCCUAACAGACGAGCAGUGCAGCAAAAACGAUUUUCUCUGUCAAGACUGAAGGGUUUCCUUAAUCCUGCUGGCUUUCAUCUUCUUCCAGCUCCUUGGAUCUCCUGGCAGUAAAUUUGGGCAAACAGGGCAGCAGGCAGAACGUGCUUCAAAGCAUGGUGGUGCCUUUGCCUGCCUGGGGCCAGCGCUCACGUUACAUUUCUGAUUUACAGGUCACCAGGCAGGAACAAGCCAAACGCUUCUGGAAUUGUGGCUUGCAGUGCCGGGAACCUCCGGAGUGUUAGCUGCUGCUCCUGAAAUCCUGUGGCAUUUCCUGCCCCAGUGAGCAAUCCUGCAGGCAAACCAGCUAUUAAACCCCGAGUGCAGGGACACCACUGAGAGAAAAGCAGCCUUG